AUGCACGAACACCACCCCGCGAGCCCGAUCGCGCCGCCCGCCGUCGGCGACUGCCGCGGCAUCCCCUUCGAUCCUUCCUUUCUCCCGCGCCUCCUCCUCUCCGCCACCUCCUGCACCUCCUCCUUCCUCGCCGCGCGCGCAGUCUCCGCCCUCCACGCGGCGGCCCUCAAGCUCGGCGCGCUCCCCGCCUCCCUCCCGGCCUCGAACACCCUCAUCUCGGCCUACUCCCAUGCCGACCUCCUCCCCUCCGCGCUCCGCGCCUUCUACCUCCUCAGCCACCCUUCCACCGCCUCCUACACCACCGUCCUCUCCGCGCUCUCCCGCCACGGCCGUCCCCACGAGGCGCUCUCCCUCUUCGCCGCCUCCGCGUCCGCGGUCGCGCCCGACGCCGAGCUCCUCUCCUGCCUCAUCUCAUGCUGCCGCCGCGCGUCCGCCUUACUCCCCGCGCGCGCGGCGCACGCCUACGGCUUAAAAACCGUGGCGGCGCUGGCCUUCUACGCCUCGGCAGGUCCGGCGCUGGUCGCGCUCUAUGCGAGACACGGGAAGGUUGGUGCGGCCAGGAGGGUGUUCGCCUACAUGGACGGCGAGGACGUGGUGUCCUGGAACUCCAUGAUCGGCGGGUUCACCAGUGCCGGGAUGGACGGUGAGGCGUGGGUCUGCUUCCGGGAGAUGCGCUCGAGAGGUGUUCGAGGGAAUGCCCGCACAGCUGUGGUGGUGCUGGGGUCUUGUGACAUGGAGUCCGGCAGGCAGGUCCAUGGGACUAUAGUGAGUAGUCAUGGUGGUUCUUCGAAAGCCAUUUUGUGGAACGCAUUGAUGAGCAUGUAUUCGCGUGCCGGCUGUGUCACCGAUGCGGAGAGGGUGUUCCUGGAGAUUGUAAGGAAGGAUGUUGUGUCAUGGAAUGUGAUGAUCGGAGCGUUUGCGAAGAAUGGAUAUGGAGAAAGGGCCCUUGAGCUUGUGGACAUGAUGUUGCAGUGUGGUAUGAAGCCAGACUCUGUGACAUUCACGUCCAUUCUCAUGGCAUGCUGCCAUUGUGGCUUGGUUGAUGAAGGGCUUGAACUAUUCCAGCGCUUUGUGUCAGUUGUUGGUCUCAUCCCAACCAUGGAGCAGUGUGCCUGCAUUGUGGAUUUGCUCGCACGUGCUGGGAGGUUCAUGGAGGCCUUGGAUUUUAUCGGACAAAUGUCAGUGAGACCAAAUGCAGUUGUCUGGGGUGCUUUGCUGUCCGCAAGUAGAAUGCAUCACAACGUGGAAUUUGCAAGGAUUGCAUUCGAGCAGCUGGUUCAGAUGGAGCCUGAGAAUGCUGGGAAUUUUGUGACGAUGUCAAACAUAUAUGCAAAGGCUGGGAUGGUAGAAGAUGCAAAGAGAGUGAGGAUGAUGAUUGAUAGUGUAGAGUUAGCAAAACCUUCUGGACAAAGCUGCGUGGAAGUUUUGUAA